AUGGCAGACGUGCCUGUCCGGCCACCAUUCGAUGUAGGCUACAAGAAUGGCAGCGGUAUGCCUAGUUCCAGCCAGACCUUCGACCUUGAAGCUACGCGAAAUAUGAUAUUGGCUUUCAACAUCAACCUUGAAUACAUCGCCCAACAGCAGCCGGAAUACAAACAUAUUACCCUCUCUGCAUCUAGCGUUGGCGAUCUAAGUGACUACGACGUGACUGUAUCAAUUUGGCAAAGCACGCAUGAAACGCGCCGCCCGUGGCCCAGUGGAAGACCGGUUAUCUACUAUAUCCACGGCGGUGGACAACAGACUUGUCAACAAUCAAGCCAGCUUGAUCGCUAUCAAGCUGGCGCAUCAAGCUGGCUAAUCAAUCAAGCCAAGCUGGAGUAG